AUGAUAGUCUUCUAUAUACAUCUAUCUAUUCGAAUACCCAAUAACAAAUCCCGGAAAUUAUACCCUGUCACAGGAACACACUAUACUACUACUACUACUACUACUACUACUACUACUACUACUACUACUACUACUACUACUACUACUACUACUACUACUACUACUACUACUACUACUACUACUACUACUACUACUACUACUACUACUACUACUACUACUACUACUACUACUACUACUACUACUACUACUACUACUACUACUACUACUACUACUACUACUACUACUACUACUACUACUACUACUACUACUACUACUACUACUACUACUACUACUACUACUACUCCUACUCCUACUCCUACUCCUACUCCUACUCCUACUCCUACUCCUACUCCUACUCCUACUCCUACUCCUACUCCUACUCCUACUCCUACUCCUACUCCUACUCCUACUCCUACUCCUACUCCUACUCCUACUCCUACUCCUACUCCUACUCCUACUCCUACUCCUACUCCUAUUAAUGAUAUAAGUAAAAAGUAA